CUUCCACCUACAAUAUCGCUCCCCAAAUUCAUCAUGGCCCUUCAGUCCCUCUCUAUAUCUGCCGCAAUCUCCCCACGCCCCUCUUCAUCUCCAUCUCAUCCCCUCUUUUUCUCUCCCCUUGGACUUUGGUGUCACCACCACACCUCAUAACCACAAUUAAUGGUUCCUCCGAAAGUGCUGAUGGUGGGUACUGGCGAGUACACCACCGGAUACGUGGGUGGCGCUGCUUCUGGAUCCGACAAGAAAGUCGGGGUCGUUGGUCUGACGCUGUUUGAUCUCCGUCGCAGAGGCAAAGUCGGUGACCUCAGCAUGGUAGGUGUAUCAGGACGCAAAUUUCCAGGAAUUCGCGAACAUCUCCACAAAAACAUCAGCCUCGUCUAUAAUAAUCUCGACACCUCCUUCACCUCCUACCCCGCAGACGACCAAACCGAUCCCGAUGCCUACAAACCAGCCAUCGACGCACUCCCCGCCGGCUCCGCCAUCACCAUCUUCACCCCCGACCCCACCCACUUCCCCAUCGCCCUGUACGCGAUUGAACGUGGGAUCCAUGUCCUGGUCACCAAACCCGCCGUAAAACACCUCGACCAGCACCUGGCCCUUCUCGCCGCCGCCCGCCAACGCAACAUCUUCGUCUUCGUCGAGCACCACAAACGCUUCGACCCGGCUUACUCGGACGCCCGCGCCAAGGCCCAAUCCCUGGGCGACUUCAACUACUUUUACAGCUACAUGAGCCAGCCCAAGUCCCAGCUGGCCACCUUCAGUGCCUGGGCAGGCAGGGAAAGCGAUAUCUCUUACUAUCUGAACUCGCACCAUGUGGACGUCUGCGAGAGUAUGGUUCCCGAGUAUACGCCCGUGAGGGUGACUGCAUCCGCCUCGACCGGUACGGCGGUGGAUCUGGGCUGUGUCCCCGAGACAGAGGAUACGAUUACGCUGCUGGUAGAGUGGAAACAUAAGACGAAGCCAGGCAAGGUCGCGACGGGCGUGUAUACCGCUAGUUGGACGGCACCCCAGAAGGCCGGAGUGCAUUCAAACCAGUACUUUCACUAUAUGGCCGCUAACGGUGAAAUCCGCAUCAAUCAGGCGAAGCGCGGCUACGACGUCACUGGCGACGACGCCGGUCUGAACUGGAUUAACCCAUUCUACAUGCGCUACGCCCCCGACGAUGAAGGCAACUUCAGCGGCCAGACCGGAUACGGAUACAUCAGUUUCGAAAAGUUUAUUGAUGCCGUGACAGCCCUGAACGAGGGCCGCGUGACGUUGGACGAUCUGGACGCGAGACCCAUCCCCACAUUGAAGAACACCAUUGCCACGACGGCGAUUCUGCAUGCCGGCCGUCUCUCGCUGGACGAGAAGAGGCCCGUGGAGAUUCUGAGUGCGGAUGGUCACUGGGAGUUGAAGUAGUCCGUUACUUCCUCACACAUUCUCUCCGCCUUAUUAUGCAUUAGCAUCAAUUGGUUUCGUACUAGAUAGCUAGUAAAUAGCGCAUUAGUAAAUAGUGAGGUCACUGUACUUUUUACCUGUGAAAGAAAUGAGAAAAAUGAUUAUUGAUCUUUAU